AUGACUCUGUUGAAGGCUACGGUGCCGACAUCAAGCCCUCCAACCAUGGGAAAGGUAUGAGCUAACACACGUUUAGGUUACUUGUUUGAUGACUGCUGAUAUAAUUAGGGAGAGCACCAAAUGCUGUUAGGCGUAUAGUGAAGCUAUUUUGCAUGUAAGCUACGCAUACAGUUUAUGAAGCUAUGUCAAAUAUUUCAGUUGUGAAACUAAUACUAGUACAUAAAAGGACUUGAUACGAGGGACUUUUUUCCACUUGUUUUCCAAAAAUUGUAUUACUUGGAUUAUAUAAAAAAUCCCAUCUAUACUGGAUAGGAUAAACCAGGAACCCAAAGAAAAGGUCAAUUAAAGAUGCACUCUGGGAGCACAACAAAUGUGCAACAUAUUGUACAAAUUGGAUUUGUAACAUAUCACAGGAAUUGCAAAAUGAUAUCAUACAAAGCAAUUUGUAACAUAUUACAACUGUAAGUGCUGUUAUUGUGAAGUGGAAACGUCUAGGGCCAACAACGGCUCAGCCGUGAAGUGGUAGGCCACACAAGCUCACAGAACGGGACCGCGAGUGCUGAAGUGUCCUCAGUUGCAACACUCACUACCGAGUUCCAAACUGCCUCUGGAAGCAACGUCAGAAGAACUGUUCGUCCACAAACAAGCCUAAGAUCACCAUGCCCAAUGCCAAGCGUCGGCUGGAGUGGUAUAAAGCUCACCGCCAUUAGACUCUGGAGCAGUGGAAACGCAUUCUCCGGAGUGAUGAAUCACGCUUCACCAUCUGGCAGUCCAACGGACAAAUCUGGGUUUGGCGGAUGCCAGGAGAACGCUACCUGCCCGAAUACAUAGUGCCAAUUGUAAAGUUUGGUGGAGGAGGAAUAAUAGUCUGGGGCUGUUUUUCAUGGUUCGGGCUAGGCCCCUUAGGUCCAGUGAAGGGAAAUAUUAACGCUACAGCUUACAACAGUUUCAGCAUGACAAUGACCCCGUGCAUAAAGUGAGGUCCAUAAAAAAAUGGUUUUUCGAGAUCGGUGUGGAAGAACUUGACUGACCUGCACAGAGCCCUGACCUCAACCCCAUCAAACACCAUUGGGAUGAAUUGGAAAGCCGACUGCGAGCCAGGCCGAAUCGCCCAGCAUCAGUGCUCGACCUCACUAAUGCUCUUGUGGCUGAAUGGAAGCAAGUCCCCGCAGCAAUGUUCCAACAUCUAGUGGAAAGCCUUCCCAGAACAGUGGAGGCUGUUAUAGCAGCAAAGGGAGGACCAACUCCAUAUUAAUGCCCAUGAUUUCGGAAUGAGAUGUUCUACGAGCAGGUGUCCACAUACUUUUGGUCUUGUAGUGUAUCUCAAUAUAGUGAGAGAUAUCUAUGGUGUGCAGCAACCCUUUACAUACCAGAUAAACAUACAUAGCAUAGGCACAAUGCUUCUUAAGCUUGUCACAUUUUCAAAUACAACUAUAUUCGUCACGUACGUAGUUUACAGCAUGUAUAAAAGGUGCAGUGAAAUGUGUCCGCUAUUGGCCAAUCAACACCACAUCCAUGAGUACUUCUUUCAGUCAAAAAUCAUUCGCCUUUUACUAUCAUCAUUCUUGACUCAGUCUAAAUAACACUAUAUAUAAACUAUUUUAUACAUUUCUGUUCUUCGUAGAUUAUCUUUUACGAAGGCCACAACUUCCAGGGCCGUCACUAUGAGUGCAACAGCGACUGUGCCGACACCUUCGGGCACUUCAACUACUGUAACUCUAUUAGGGUGACCGGCGGUCACUGGGUGGCCUACGAGAAGCCCAACUUCAACGGCUACCAGUACAUCCUGAACCAGGGCGAAUACCCAGACUACCACCGCUGGAUGGGCUUUAACAACUGCAUCCGUUCCUGCCAGAUGUUCCCCCCCGUAAGUCAAUCAAAUUGAUAGGGUUAACCCUGCCACACAUCAAACUGUGCUUUAGAAAUCAGCAUCAAUCACCAGCCUUUUGAUGUCAUUUAUAGAUAAGGAGAGGAGUCAAAGCAUGAAAUCUCUGUGGCAAGGUCCACAAGGAGAUCCAGUCAUGUUAUAAAGGAAUAGGCUGCACACCCCCAAAGACUUCUUCAUUUUCAUUCUAUUCAUCAUCGCUCAGUGUUUUUGGCAGUUAAGAAAAAAUAUAUUAUGCUUUGAACAGUUGCUCCUCAUUUGACUGAACAUCUCUUUCUAAAGGAAGCAAGUCUCUGGUAUUAUUCGAUGUGUAGAAAUGUAUGUUUACCUCUACUGUGAACCUCUGUGAUCAUUUGACCCCUAAUCACUUCAUGUCCUCCCUAUCCUCUCCUUUCUGUCUCUUCCGCCAACAGUACAGAGGAUCCUACAGGAUGAGGAUCUACAACAGGCCCGAGAUGUCUGGUCACAUGAUGGAGUUCAUGGAUGACUGCCCCAACGUGUACGAGCGUUUCCGCCACCAUGACAUCUUCUCCUCCAAUGUCAUGGAAGGCUACUGGGUGUUCUAUGAGCACCCCAACUACAGGGGUCGUCAGUACUUCCUCCGCCCCGGCGAGUACAGGGCCUGCAGCGACUGGGGCUGCCACAACCCCAUGGUGGGCUCCUUCAGGAGAAUGAGGAGUGGCCUGUAAGCUUCUCACCUCUGGACUGUAACAAAGUGAUUAAACGUGCUGGUUUUUAAACAUGGCUUCCCUGUGUGAUUUUCUUUCCAUCUCAAAUCAUUGGCAAACCAAUAGCAAAGUUAGCUUGUGUGUAAAUAAUUAAGUUUCAGCAAUUGGUAAGUGUUGGAUAAAGUGUAUGGCUAUUAGACUGGGAAAUUAGAUGCCCUACAAGUUGACUGCACCCUCAUUAAAGGUUUAUUUGCACAAAUCAGUUGUGAACAAGCAUGUCAAAAGUAUAUACCGUUAAGUAUAUUAUUGAUUAACUAACUGAUUGACUGAACUAACUGCAAAUCAGAAACUCAUUGCAACCAGUUAAAUCUAUUCAAAGAUGUUUAGGAGGCCCUAGUCAUUCUCUCCCUUCGGCUGUCUAUACAUUGCUGGCCUCCAUGCCAAUAAAGGCAGAUGUUGCAACUCUUAUUGUGGGACUUCGGAAAGUGCAGUUACAGUAUUUUCCAUAGAGAGAGAGAGUGCUUUUGACAGAGACAAAGAGCUACUGCUGUGGGCCAGUCCUAUAGUUUUCUGUAGUCUAUGGAGCACAUUGUGCUGACGCGACAAAGCUUUGUGUCACAUUUACAAAACCCUGAUCCCUGCAGGGUCUAUAAAAAGGUCCAGUAACGCUCACUACCCGGUCCGGUCUGAACUAAACACAGUCACAAUGGGAAAGGUAAGCAUGAUCACACUAUGCGUUUCACAGGGAAAUACAGGAAUGAGGCUCAUUUAACUAUUUUCUAUGAUAAACAUGUCAACAGAAUACGUUUCAUAUUUGGAUUUGCUGGAUAGUAUUAUAAAUAACAAAUUAGCUUGCAAUUCAUGCAGACAUUAAUGGCCAUUAAUGAUAAUGGAUGGGGACUUUAGGAGAUAUUGAAUAGAAUGUGUCAAAGGCUCAAAGAUCAUGUGCAAGUAUGAGUAGACUGGACAAAGGAGGGCUGCACAAAUGCCUCAAAGGCAGCAGAUGUCAAAUGGCACCCUAUCCCCCACAUAAUAAAUGUUUAGCCAGGACAAAAGACAUAAGAAUAUCAUUAUCAAUCAUUAUUAUUAUUAAUAUUAUUAUUAUUAAUAGCCAACUAUAUGGGCAAAAGAGUGUUUGUCUGCUGCUGUAGGUUACUUAGUUGAAUCAUAACGUUACUGCUGUGAGAGUUGGCACACCUGAUUUCUGCUAAUUGCGCACUGCGGCCUAGCUCUCAAAAAACCCUUCUUCUCCGUCUGUAGGGUUUUCAGCAGUUACAUUCGCCCACUGUUGGCUCCAUGUGAAUUACAAUUCCGACGCUGUGUUUUAACAUUUAGAAACUUCAAUAAUCAUCGCUUUCAAACCUCUUUUCGAAACAUAUGCUGCUAUGCCCCUUAUCUUUCAUAUCAGCGAGAAAGAAUCUUUCAAAUAAAAAAAGAUACACUUACUGUAGCAGUUUUGCACAGAUCCACAAGCUGUGUGUGCCUCCAGUUGACAAACUAACCUCCUCCAAAGUUACACUUAUGGGAAACACUAUUUUUUCGAUGCCAAAGUUACUUUUUUGUAACAGGUUAGGAGAACUUACGCAGCAGUUUAGGAGUAUUAACGUAGCAGGUUAGGAGACUGAGGUUAAGGUUAGGAAAAUGACUUUGUAUUGAAGUGGCGUGAGAAGAAUGUGUCCCUUAUGCUUACACACGUGUCUGGAGCACGCUAGAUAGCUAAUUAGCACAGACUGCUGCCUAUGUCUUCCGUCUGUCUUCCGUAAACAAGCGUGAUAAGAUGGAGAUAUGGCUGUGUGGGAACACUAACCCUAACCCUUUAAAGGUGUGUAGUAAUUUAACCUUUUUUUUUCAUUAUUUCUCUCAGAUAUGAAAGAUACAUUCCUAGUGUUUCCAAAACCGUACCGCAAAUGAUGCGUUUUAACAUUCAGAAUGAGGGUUGGGGAUCUUAACAAAACUCCCCCGACCAGAAGAUACUAUCGUCAAUAGGCCCUAAAGUAAAAGUGUCUAUAAAUGGUUAACUGCAGCCAGACAAUAAAUUGAUAUUUUGCAACACAUUAUGUAGAUUAUUCUUGUAUUUAAAAACGAACACUUUUGGUAUGAUACAAUUUUGUAAAUUAACAGAUUAAUUUAAUUCACAUGUAGGACUAUAUGGACUUCAAUAAAUGCUAGGUGCCUACUUGUGUAGGUAGGUAGGGUAUCUUUUUGAAUUUUACAAAAGUUUUUCACUUGUUCUGUCUUGCAGUUCAACUUAAAAGAAAACUCCACCCAAAUACGAUCUUUUGGUAUUUGUUUCAUUAGUCCAUUGUUGACAUACAGUUGAAGUCGGAAGUUUACAUGCACCUUAGCCAAACACAUUUAAACUCUGUUUUUCACAAUUCCUGACAUUUAAUCCUCGCAAAAAUUCCCUGUUUUAGGUCAGUUAGUAUCACCACUUUAUUUUAAGAAUGUGCAAUGUCAGAAUAAUAGUAGAGAGAAUGAUUUAUUUCAGCUUCUAUUUCUUUCAUCACAUUCCCAGUGGGUCAGAAGUUUACAUACACUCAAUUAGUAUUUGGUAGCAUUGCCUUUAAAUUAUUUAACCUGGGUAAAACUUUUCGGGUAGCCUUCCACAAUAAGUUGGGUGAAUUUUGGCCCAUUCCUCCUGACAGAGCUGGUGUAACUUAUUCAGGUUUGUAGGCCUCCUUACUCGCACACGCUUUUUCAGUUCUGCCCACACAUUUUCUAUAGGAUUGAGGUCAGGGCUUUGUGAUGGCCACUCCAAUACCUUGACUUUGUUGUCCUUUAGCCAUUUUGCCACAACUUUGGAAGUAUAAUUGGGGUCAUUGUCCAUUUGGAAGACCCAUUUGCGACCAUGCUUUAACUUCCUGACUGAUGUCUUGAGAUGUUGCUUCAAUAUAUCCACAUAAUUUUCCUUCCUCAUGAUGCCAUCUAUUUUGUGAAGUGCACCAAUCCCUCCUGCUGCCACCCCCGUGCUUCACGGUUGGGAUGGUGUUCUUCGGCUUGCAAGAUACCCCCUUUUUCCUCCAAACAUAACGAUGGUCAUUAUGGGCAAACAGUUCUAUUUUUGUUUCAUCAGACCAGAGGAAAUUUCUCCAGAAAGUACGAUCUUUGUCCCCAUGUGCAGUUGCAAACCGUAGUCUGGCUUUUGUAUGGCGGUUUUGGAGCAGUGGCUUCUUCCUUGCUGAGCGGCCUUUCAGGUUAUGUCGAUAUAGGACUAGUUUUACUGUGGAUAUAGAUACUUUUGUACCUGUUUCCUCCAGCAUCUUCACAAGGUCCUUUGCUGUUGUUCUGGGAUUGAUUUGCACUUUUCGCACCAAAGUACGUUAUUCUCUAGGAGACCUGAGCGGUAUGAUGGCUGCGUGGUCCCAUGGUGUUUAUACUUGCGUACUAUUGUUUGUACAGAUGGAUGUGGUACCUUCAGGCGUUUGGAAAUUGCUCCCAAGGAUGAACCAGACUUGUAGAGGAGGUCUUGGCUGAUUUCUUUUGAUUUUCCCAUGACAUCAAGCAAAGAGGCACUGAGUUUGAAGGUAGGCCUUGAAAUACAUCCACAGGUACACCUCCAAUUGACUCAAAUGAUGUCAAUAAGCCUAUCAGAAGCUUCUAAAGCCAUGACAUCAUUUCCUGGAAUUUUCCAAGCUGUUUAAAGGCACACUCAACUUAGUGUAUGUAAACUUCUGACUUCAGCUUUUUUCAGGUCUCUCCAGAGAUGUUCAAUUGGGUUCGUCCGGGCUCUGGCUGGGCCACUCAAGGACAUUCAGAGACUUGUCCCGAAGCCACUCCUGCAUUGUCUUGGCUGUGCUUAGGGUCGUUGUCCUGUUGGAAGGUGAACCUUUACCCCAGUCUGAGGUCCUGAGCGCUCUGGAGCAGGUUUUCAUCAAAGAUCACUCUGUACUUUGCUCUGUUCAUCUUUCCUUCGAUCCUGACUAUUCUCCCAGUCCCUGUCGCUGAAAAACAUCCCCACAGCAUGAUGCUGCCACCACCAUGCUUCACCGUAGGAAUGGUGCCAGGUUUCCUCCAGACGUGACACUUGGCAUUCAGGCCAAAGAGUUCAAUCUUGUUACUCAUGGUCUGCGAGUCCUUUAGGUGCCUUUUGGCAAACUCCAAGCGGGCUGUCAUGUGCCUUUUACUGAAGAGUGGCUUCCGUCUGGCCACUUUACCAUAAAGGCCUGAUUGGUGGAGUGCUGUAGAGAUGGUUGUCCUUCUGAAAGGUUCUCCCAUCUCCACAGUGGAACUCUAGAGCUCUGUCAGAGUGACCAUCGGGUUCUUGUUCACCUCCCUGACCAAGGCCCUUCUCCCCCGAUUACUCAGUUUGGCCGGGCGGCCAGCUCUAGGUAGAGUCUUGGUGGUUCCAAACUUCUUCCGUUUAAGAAUGAUGGAGGCCACUGUGUCCUUGAGGACCUUCAAUGCUGCAGACAUUUUUUGGUACCCUUCCCCAGAUCUGUGCCUCGACACAAUCCUGUCUCGGAGCUCUACGGACAGUUCCUUCGACCUCAUGGCUUGGUUUUUGCUCUGACAUGCACUGUCAACUGUGGGACCUUAUAUAGACAGGUGUGUGCCUUUCCAAAUCAUGUCCAGUCAAUUAAAUUUACCACAGGUGGACUCCAAUCAAGUAGUAGAAACAUCUCAAGGAUGAUCAAUGGAAACAGGAUGCACCUGAGCUCAAUUUCGAGUCUCAUAGCAAAGGGCCUGAAUACUUAUGUAAAUAAAGCAUUUCUGUUUUUAAUGUUUAAUACAUUUGCAAAAAUUUGUUUUCGCUUUUUAUUGUGUCUAGAUUUAUCAGAUGUUUUUUUUUUUUUCAUCCAUUUUAGAAUAAGGCUGUAUGUGGAAUGUGGAAAAAGUCAAGGGGUCUGAAUACUUUCCUAAUGCACUGUAUAUAAUGAAACCAGAAGAUGGAAGUCAUUUGCUCCUCCUGUCAACGUUGUUUUGCUUGCUUUCUUUUGACAUUUAACAAUUAUUUUACUAAAUUGCUGGCAUUCUUUCUAGCCUUUCAAAACAUUGAACAUCAAAUGGGUCACGUGGUGAUGAGCAGCAUCACCUGUGACAAGGGAAGUGCGUGCAACAAUGAAGUAUCACCUGUGGGCAGGGCUUGGGGCCUCAAGGAUGUGUGGUUUUUGGGAUGUGAAAAAGAGAAGUGGAUCAUUUAUUAUUGGUCCAAUAACACGAUUUUCUUAGUCACAUGUACUAAAAAUAUAUAUUAUGAUGAUAGGCUUGAUCUAUUUCAAUAACACAUCAUAAAUGGUGCAUAUUGGAUUGCAGUUAAUGAUAAAAAUCAUUUAUAUGAAAAUGUAAUUGUUUUUAUUCUGUGCUAUGUUAUAAGAAACAAAAUUAGAAGAGCCAAAACAUUUCCUCAAUAUGUGUGUUAUCAUGUGUGUAUAAUUUUGAUUUGAAGUUUCCAUGUCUCUUUUGUAGAUAAUCUUCUACGAGGACAGGAAUUUCCAGGGCCGCCACUAUGAGUGCAGCAGCGACUGUGCUGAGAUGCACAACCACUUCAGCCGCUGUAACUCCAUAAAGGUGGAAAGUGGUUGUUGGGUGGCCUACGAGAAGCCCAACUACGCUGGCUACCAGUACAUGCUGAACAAGGGCGAGUACCCCGACUACCAGCGCUGGGCUGGCUUCAAUGACUGCAUCCGCUCCUGCCGUAUGGUGCCCCCUGUGAGUGUACCACAUCGGGUGUCCUCAGUUCCACAUAGUUUUCAGUCCCUUGAGUUGAGGGCCGCACUGUCUACUGUUUUUUUUCUACCUUAGCAUUUAUUGUCAUUGCUUGGCUAGAGAUGCUAUGACAAAUAGAUUCACAAAUUCCACCCUAUUUUGAACACCUUUUUUUAACACGGUCAAUUUCUUCUUCACAAACUUCAUGGUUGAAGAUAUGUUUUAUUCUCAUUUUGGAACAUUACCAUCAAUAUAUUGUUUUUCAAGUCAACAGUAUAAUUUACUAUACCAUUCUCCCUUUCGGCUGUCUUCUUCUUUCCCAGUAUCGUGGAAACUACAGGAUGAAGAUCUACGAGCGCUCUGACUUCAAGGGUCAGAACAUGGAGGUGAUGGAGGACUGCCCCGACCUUCAUGAGCGCUUCCACAGCCGUGACAUCUCCUCCGCCAACGUCAUGGAGGGUUACUGGAUCCUCCACGAGCACCCCCAGUACAGGGGUCGUCAGUACUUCCUUCGCCCUGGCGAGUACAGGAGGCACAGUGAGUGGGGAAGCUCCAGCCCCACCAUCGGCUCUCUGAGACGGGUCACCGAGACCCCCUGAAGGUCAACUGAGACCCCCUCUUCCUCCCCUAAUGCAACCCUAUUAUAAAUCCUGUACUGUACCCCUACCCUUUUAUUGCUAGCACUGUUUGAGUGUUGUGUAUCUACUGUGGUCUUCUGACCCUGAAAUCACAUUCAUGUGAUUGGGGGUUUUGGUCCAGUUGGUGUUGGGUCUUUGCUGCUCAGCUUAGACUGGGAAAGUAGACCUUGGGGCUCAGGCGAUGCUCGUAUGGUAACAGUGAUGGUCUCUCUAGCUUGUUGUUACAGAGCAGAAUGAUGUGCUUUGCCAGUCCUCAACCUCCUGUCCUAUUAGAACCAAAAUAAAUGAAAACUUGAUGAAAGUCAACCAAA